AUGACUGUGGCUUACGAAACCUAUCGUGGUCUUCCUCAUCUCUCACAGCAUUUGGUGUGCCUGGACGACAAGUUCGAGGUGUUGAAGGAUAUAGGGGAUGGUAGCUUUGGGAGUGUUGCGCUGGCACGCGUGCGAAGCGCCGGCGCCUACUUGGCGAAAAGAGGCACACUGGUCGCGAUCAAAACGAUGAAGAAGUCGUUCGAUAACUUCGCACAAUGCCAGGAGCUAAGGGAGGUUAUCUUCCUCAAAUCACUACCGCCUCACCCGCACUUAGUGCCAGCGCUUGACAUCUUCUUGGAUCCUAUCAGCAAGAGACUCCACAUCGCAAUGGAAUACAUGGACGGCAACCUGUAUCAGCUCAUGAAAGCUAGAGACCACAAGCGUCUGGACGGUGCAAGCGUCAAGACGAUUUUAUUCCAGAUAAUGUCCGGUCUGGAGCACAUACACGAGCAUAGCUUCUUCCACCGCGACAUCAAACCGGAGAAUAUUCUCGUAUCCACCUCGUCCCCACAAGACUCUUCCAAUGCGUUCCGGAGGUAUUCGGCGCUAGCAACACCGCCGUCAACGCCGCCAGCCUACACGAUCAAGAUUGCGGAUUUUGGCCUAGCCCGCGAGACGCACUCAAAGCUUCCGUACACUACGUACGUGUCAACCAGGUGGUAUCGUGCCCCGGAGGUAUUACUUCGAGCCGGCGAGUAUUCCGCUCCCGUUGACAUUUGGGCGAUCGGCGCCAUGGCUGUGGAAAUCGCAACAUUGAAGCCGCUCUUCCCUGGUGGAAACGAGGUAGAUCAGGUCUGGAGGGUAUGCGACAUCAUGGGUAGUCCUGGCAGCUGGGUCAACAAACAUGGAGUAAGAGUAGGUGGGGGCGAGUGGAAAGAUGGUGUCCGUCUGGCACAAAAGCUGGGCUUCUCAUUUCCGAAGAUGGCGCCCCACUCUAUGGAUUCCAUUCUCCAGGCACCGGAAUGGCCUGCUAGUCUAGCGAACUUUGUCACGUGGUGUCUGAUGUGGGACCCUAAGUGCCGGCCGACAUCCUCGCAGGCACUGGCACAUGAGUAUUUCGCCGACGCAGUCGACCCGUUGCGACCGAAAUCGUCCGCUUCGAGGUUCCUAGCCAGCAAGCAGUCGGACUUGAGCGGCGGUACGCUAAAGGAUCCCACCGAAGCCAAUCCGACUCUAUCUUCCAAGACGUCCUCGUGGUUCAGAAAGUCCCUAGUAGCUCGAGAAAGCGCACCAGCCGUACCUCAGCAUGUUGCUGCCGUGCGUCCGUUGUCCCCGCGACCUUCGCCGAUACAUUCAAACAGCACGGGAAUGGAUGCUACUGCACCGGCGAAGAUUAGGCCUAGUGCAAACAAACGAUCAACGUGGACGAACGGAUUACCUUCGAACGCUGCUCCCAUACCGAUAUUGCCGUCUAUCCGACCAAUAUCCCCUCUGUCCGACGCAGUGACCGCCCAGGCUAGCGUCAGAGCGACUGAAGCUGAGAACGCCACAAAGAAGAUCGGUCGACAGCUUUCAGUGGCCUCUAACGGUAACCACUACACAGACUUCCAUCGCCAGGAGGCAGAAAGGGCGCUUACUGGUCAAAGGGAGAGCUUUUUCUCGCACUUGCGGAAACGGGCGAGACGUCUAUCAGGUCGCAAUCAGGCGCCAUUGUCUCCCAACUCGGACGACAUUGAGGCUAACGCUGGAUGUACACCUUGGGUAAGCAAUCGUCAGUCUACCAUCGUGGAUCCGCCUCCAGCAGUGCGCUCCCCACGUCAAUCGGAACUCGCCGACUUGGACAGAGCAAUCCAGAACGUUAGGUACAGUCUGGAUGCCUCCUCGCAAGCCAGCAAUGCACAGACUGUGUUGAAAAGCAAGGCAAGCAAUCCAUUACUGAAGCGGCACCAUUCGCUUCCUUGCGGCCAAGAACCUCUCCCCAACGAGAACAGCGCUGCCGGCUUGACCACUGGUGGUCCGAUAUCUAGUCGCACUCGUCGAGCAAUCCAGAAACAGGCCAUGCCCACUCAUCGCUACGAGACUCCCGAUGAGGAAGACGAGCUUCUGGACGAGGCUUUAACUUCAGCUCAUCAAGCAGUCAAACGCCUAGACAGCCACGCGCAGCGGCAAGCGGCAACACAGCAGGAUGCUUCUGCUGUGCAGUGUCGCCCUUCAAUGCAGCAUUUUGCUACCGACCUGGGUCCAUCGAUGGCGUACCUUACCCCGUCCUCGUCAGCCAACUGCGACGGUGUUAAAUUCGGGCUCGACGGUCACUACGUGCCCUCCCAGCCUGUGAAUAUCGUCAAGCCCCGAGAUGCUCGACAGGAUCUACAGCCCAAAUGGCCGACGCCUCCGUACGAAGAACAUGAUUGGGCUGCUUCCGUCAUCCAAGCAGCCUGGCGCUGA